AUGAAGCAGAACAUGUCCACCAUUCUCGAACGUGCGCGAAAGCGCUUAACCGAACUCUCUCCCUCAACCUCUCUGAAGCCAGGAGUUGCUGAAACACGGUCUCUCUGGGACUACCGUUUUCAAUCAUUUAUGAGUGAUGCAUUUCCUGAGCGCGUCGAAACGGUCCCCACUGCAGAGGAUGUCCUGAUGUUCUUUGCGACUAUGUACGACUUUAUGGAGAAACGAGACGACGAGAAAAUAUCCUAUCGCUCUCUCAUGGACGGUCUCUCGUUAGAGGGGCUUCUGACAACCGAGGAGAAGCAGCAGCGACAGUGGAUCAAAGCAGGGCUCGUCAAGAUGAUGGCAGAGAAGAUGAUAGAGCACGCCUUGGAGAAUGGCACGACAUCUUAG